UCUUUACUUUAACAAUGGUGGCCAAACUCAACAACUCCAUGGAGAAGAGAAAACCCCUACUAUUUCUCAUCUUCUUCUUAUUUAAAUCAAUCUCCGGCGACGAUGACUGUCUACCGGCCUCCUGCAGCCUCACCGGACCUCAAAUCCGUUUCCCUUUCCGCCUCCGCGAUCGACAUCCGUCACGGUGUGGAUUCCCCGGCUUUGAUCUCUCAUGUAACAACAAAAAUCAAACACUCCUCAAGCUCCCGUCGUCUCGAUCAUCAUUCAUCGUCAAACAUAUUUCAUACGCUUCACAGGUGAUCGAUAUUCAACCUGACUUCUGUCGGCCGGAAAGAAUCGUCGAUAUCAGACCAACCGACACACCUUUCGAUUUCAGUAUGAUGGAGAGCUACACUUUUUUUAACUGUUCAUCGCAGAAUUCUGGAUCGACAUUCCAGAAUGUGCCGAUGCUUCCGUUUCCAUGCUUAGGAAGCGUGAAUCAUUCCGUUUUCGCGGUGAGGGCAGGCUGGGUUCCUUUAGGACACAUACCGGCGAGUUGCCUUGCUAUGAAGACGAUCUCGGUGCCGCUUAGGCGGUACGGCGAUAUCAGGAAUGAAUUGACGUUGAUUUGGUUUAGGCCGUUUUGUAGAUCUUGUGAGCUUGAUGGUAGAACUUGUGGAUUGAAGAGCGAUGAUGGAGACACUGCUUGCUUUGGUUCUUCAUCCCGUGGUAUUCCGAGGGGUGCCAAAUACGGGUUAAGCAUAGGUAUCGGCGUACCCUCAUUGGUUUGCAUCAUUGGACUCAUAUGUUACGCUUGUAGCAAGGCGGGAACCUAUAAUCAUAGCCGCCGCCAAAGUAUCGACCUUUUCUCGAUUGCAAUCACCCCACAACCACCAUCAACCACUGGCCUAGAUGGGCCCACAAUCGAAUCCUACCCAAAAACCGUACUGGGAGAAAGUUGUAGAUUGCCCAAGGACGAUGGCACUUGUGCAAUAUGCCUUUCAGAUUACGAGCCUAAAGAGGAGGUGAGAACCAUCCCGGAGUGUAAUCAUUAUUUUCACGCCGAGUGUAUAGACGAGUGGCUCAAGUUGAACGCAACUUGUCCGGUGUGCCGGUUUUCGCCUGAAAGUUCGUCGUUGGUUACACCUUGCUCUUCAAUGUCAUCAAAUUCCUCGGAUUCAUCACACGCAACCGGUCAAUGAUACAAUUUUGAUACACCGUGUGUAUAUGUAUAUUGUAAUGUAUAAGAAUGAGCGUACUUCACGUUGUACGGUG